GAAGGGCCGGGCCCGAUGGGCGGCGGGGCGGGGUAAUAUGGCGGCGGGGCUCGGGCGGUUCUUCUGCACAGCGGGCCGCGGGCUGGAGCCUUUCCUGGCGCAGGAGGUGCGGGCGCGGCUGGGCGCCACGGAGGUGGACUGUGUCUUAGGAAAGGUCUUCUUCAGCACUGAGGCGGAGCUGGGCGAGCUAAAGAAGCUCAAGUCUGGGGAGAGACUGUUUUUGCUGCUUAAGAAACAAACUCCACUUGCGGUUUCUAGAAAUAGAGCUUCAAGGUGAAGUGAAUUUGCUUCUGUAUUCCCUGUGCCUUUCUUGUUGGAGCAAAUUCAACUACCCAUGGGUGUAAGUUUAGGUGUAUGUUGGAGACUCUGCAGGAUUGAAGGGAAAAUGCUGCAUGACAUUAAAAGCCUUGUCAUUGAGGAACCAGACUAUUGGCUGGAUGUUAUCUCUAUUUGGAGGAACCUUCAUGGAUGCAAGGGGAAAAAAGAUGAUGUCUCUCAAGAAAACCGAUUGCCUCUCAAGAGAAAAUCGGAAGAAGAGACAAAUAUUGCAACUAAAAGGCAGAAGACACAACAAGUGAGAGAGACUAUGUCUGAGGACGGUCAUGUGGAAGCUGGAGAGAGUUGUGUGGUUCCAGAGAGAAAGAGUGAUCAGGACUGCUGGACUGAAAGCAAGGCUUCCUUAGAAAAUGCUUCCAAAAGCAGUGGAGAGGAACCUAUUGUGAAUGAGAAGCUUAGCUUCAGAGUGUCUUGUCGUUGUAGCGGAGCGAUUGCCAAAAUACUUACGUCACAGGAGAUUGGAAGAGCCAUUGGCAUAGCGCUCAUGAAGCAGUUUGGGUGGAGGGCUGAUCUGCGGAAUCCCGAUUUGGAGAUCUUUGUACAUCUUAAUGACAUUCACUCUGUGGUGGGGAUUCCUCUUUUCAGGCUUCCACUAGCAAACAGGGAGUAUAUCAAAACAGCAGGACUGCGGUCAACAAUUGCGUGGGCCAUGGCAUCUCUGGCUGAAAUCAGUGCAGGUGCCUUUGUGCUGGAUCCCAUGUGUGGAUUAGGAACGAUACUGCUGGAAGCUGCCAAAGAGUGGCCUGAAGCCUGUUACUGGGGUGCUGAUAUAAGUGAUUCGCAGUUAGAGGGUGCAGAUGCGAAUGUUAGGACUGCAGGCCUGAUGGAUAAGAUUGAGUUGUUAAGGGCUUCUGUGAAAGCACUGCCAUUGCCUUCAGAAAGCUUUGAUGCUGUGAUUUCGGAUAUUCCAUUUGGGAAGAAGUUCAAGAUCACAAAAGACAUACAGCUCCUUCCAGAUAUUCUCCAGGAAAUGGAAAGAGUACUUCGUGUUGGAGGCACUAUUGUAUUGCUGCUGAGCCAAGAUCUCCAUCAGCGCAUGAAUGACAUUACCAAGUGUGCUGGGAAGGACUCUCCUCAUGCCAUUUCUGAUGGCACAAGUGAAACCGCCACUGCAAAAGCCCUGAAUGUGGAUGGGAAUUCUUCCUCCCUGCUGAAUGGUGUUGACGAAUCCUUUCUCAGCAGCCGACAAACACAUUUUGGGUCUCUGGUGCCUGAUGGUGUCUAUGGGGUUAGUCUUGGGAAGACAGAUGCUUUCAUAUACAGAUACAGGAAGAUCUCUACUGCUGGGAAUCAGCAACUUUCUUGCACUAUGCUUACGUGAACUUGACUCCUGAUACACUUGAAAAGCAGCAUGGCAGUGAUCUGGUGGAACUCUGCUGAUCCGAACAAACCCUGUGCUGUUUGUUAGCUCACCUCAAUUUAUUUGGAUGUCCUAAGGCUUUGGCUGUCUCUCUUUGGUUUUUAGGAGAGGCAGAAGAUGACUGCUUGUGUUUCAGAUGUUUUUAUUGUAAAAUAUUUUUAUAAGACAGAGUCUGUAAAUCUUCAUUUAAGCUAAGGCUUUCAGUAUUAGGGAGAGGUUCUUUGGAAGAAGAAAGUCUUUGUUUGCAGAAUUGCAAAAACAAAUGUGGUAAUAUUGAAUGUAAAUGGAUAUUCACCUUUGGCAGUAUCUUUUAAGAAGCGCAUCGUGUCUGAAGAAGUCUUCAGCUUUUUUUGAAGGCUGGAUGUAUGCUUUACCGUGUGCCUGGCAGUCUUGUAUUUUAAAGCUCAUUUCUGAUGAGUUAGAAAUGUUGCUAUUGAUAUCUCUUGGAAUUGAACAUAAACUAUUUUCUGUAUUAA